UUAUCUGGAUUCUUUUGCUUUGAUAAAAUUUUUUAUAACUCACGCUUUGAAACCGAUUUGACGUUCUACUCCUAAACCGAAAUAACCGGAGGUCAUAUAGCCGGGGCAUCCAGCAGACAUCCACCGAGCAGACGCGAGUCUUCACCAGACUGAGCUCGCCAUGUCCUCCGCGGAUGAGUCGGAGCAGAGCCGGCGCUGCUGUGUUCUGUCGUGGGAGCAGGUGCAGCGUCUGGACUCCAUCCUGGGAGAAUGUGUCCCGAUCCACGGCCGAGGAAACUUCCCAACACUCUCCGUUCAGCCACGGCAUAUCGUGCAGGUGGUGCGUGCUCGUCUGGAGGAGCGAGGCGUUGUGGUGCGUGAUGUGAAGCUGAAUGGCUCAGCUGCCAGUUAUGUGCUCCACCAGGACACUGGACUGGGCUACAAAGAUCUUGACCUGAUCUUCGGUCUGAGUCUGACCGAUGACAGGACCUUCCGUCUGGUGAAGGACGUGGUCCUGGACAGCCUCCUGGAGUUCCUGCCCGCCGGCGUGAGCCGGGACCGCAUCAACGCCCUGACCCUGAAGGAAGCGUACGUGCAGAAGCUGGUGAAGGUUUGCAAUGACACGGACCGCUGGAGCCUCAUCUCACUUUCAAACAACACUGGCAAAAACGUGGAGCUAAAAUUUGUGGAUUCCCUGCGACGGCAGUUUGAGUUCAGUGUGGACUCUUUUCAGAUCGGCUUGGACUCGCUGCUGCUUUUCGACCGCUGCUCCGAGACACCCAUGUCCGAGAGUUUCCAUCCCACUGUGCUUGGAGAGAGCAUGUUUGGAGACUUUAAAGAAGCGUUGGGACACCUACAUGCCAAAAUCAUCGCUACGCACAGUCCGGAAGAGAUCCGUGGUGGCGGGCUCUUGAAAUACUGCCACCUGCUGGUAAGAGGUUUCCGUCCAGCGUCUGAGACGCAGAUGAAGACGCUCCAGCGCUACAUGUGCUCACGUUUCUUCAUCGACUUCCCAGACAUCAAUGAGCAGCAGAGGAAGCUGGAGGCGUACCUGCAGAACCACUUUAACGGCAUGGAGCACAAAAGGUAUGAUUGCCUCGUGACUCUCCAUCGUGUGGUAGAUGAAAGCACCGUGUGUCUCAUGGGCCACGAGCGGAGGCAGACGCUCAUGCUCAUCUCCUCUCUGGCACUACGUGUGCUGGCCGAACAGAACGCGAUUCCUGCACUGUCUAAUGUUACGUGUUACUACCAACCGGCGCCCUACGUCAGAGACGUCAACUUCAGCAACUAUUAUGUAGCACAUGUGCAUUCGCCCAUUUCUGCCUGUAACAACUCCUAUCAGACAUGGCUGCCUUGUAGCUGAGCUAUAAAAGGACGAAAACACUGCUGAGGAAUAUUUGCAGUUUUCAGAUGAUGUU